UAAAGACGUAUAUUUUAUUGCGUACAGCUAACAAUGUACUUAGUAAAACAGCAUAUUGUCUUCCAGCAGGGCCGUGCCACUUCUGAGAAGAAACAAGAGUAGCAUUGGUUCUCGCAUGCGGCCAUCCGGUACCGGAGACGAACUUCGCCGUGAGGGGACCUGGGUAAAUUCGUCUUCGCAGGGAAACCAUGGAAGACGCCCCGAGCGCGUGCGCGCUCCAGGGAAGGAAUGGCACACCCGCUGGAGCGCCACCAUGGAAGAGCCCUGGGCCGUGCGGUCUACGGGACAUGAAGGCUACAUCAAGGGUCGCACGACGGACGAGUCCUGCCCACAACGAAUGGAACGCAUGGAAGGCUACACCAAGGGUCGCACGACAGACGAAUCCUGCCCACCACGUAGGGCACGCAUAGAACAAGGCUACACAAAGGGUCGCACGACGGAGGAGUCCGGCCCACCACGUAGGGAACGCAUAGAGGGCUACACCAAGGGUCGAACGACGGAAGAAUCUUGCGAUAGGGGACGAAUUGCCCCAGAGUGCUAUGCUAGAGAAUUUGCGACAGAAAAGCACCUAGUCAACGGGAGCGCCACAAAAGCACCCGCGACUUCUGCCAGAGAUGGUUCGUUUGUGGUUGGUGAGCUGCUCGGGCGCGGUGGUACGGAAAUCCUAAAUUGAUGUUUUUGUCGUGGACUAAAAACUGAGGCAACAUUUUUUCUCUACGAUAGAUACAGCCAUCAGCUCUUCUCGGAAAGCAAGAAGGAAAGAAGUAAUACUCUGCUUUCUAAACCUUGAUGUACGAGACCCCAUCUUCGAAAUCUAUCAUGAAAAUUUGCUUCGUAGGCCCGGGUUUUGAAUUUCUAUAACUCCGACAGGCAACGCAGCUAUUGAUUUCUGUACAUCAUGCAGGACGUGCACACUGCGCAAUGACAGGAGACUUGCAUUCAUAAAUCCGUUAAUCACUGAAUUCUCAUCGAAAUCGAAGCCGCCGGCCAGCACAACAGGCCAGUGCAGCAGGCGAUAUUUACGCACUUCUUGGCCGUACUUUUCUCCUCAACACAAUUCAGGUUCUGGACAAGUUUAUCGCGUCACAGACAAAAACGGCAUUGAUUAUGCCCUCAAACUCGUGACUGCGACGCGGAAGGAGAGUUUGCAGAAACUUCAAGCCGAAGUGGCGCUUCUGAGGCAGCUGUCGUCAGGGCGAUCGUGUCUUCACGAUGAACCUACUGGACAGGAAGAGCCGGAUAAAAAGAGCACCGGAACGAGCUCUUCCGGCUCAAUUCAAGGACCGCGACGCGCUGGGCUGCGAUACUCGACCGGCUGUCCUGUCGUGCACUGUUAUGCAGCUGCUGAGCCCCCUAAUUACAACCUCGAAAUGGUGUAACUUGAACACGUCUCAUCCGAGCAUGUUGGAUAGGAUGCUUAAUGACCUAUAAAAACGACUCUUCAUUUAGAAGCGCUUUUUCAUACCGUCCGAUCUGUUUUGCUUUUGCGUUCGUUCUUGCCAAGGACUAGAAUCAUCAGAGGGACAGUCAGUCCCGUUUCUAUGUUUGUGAUCAGUAUUUCAAAAACAGAAGGAACAUUCUGUCCUGACCGUUCGUGUCGCAUCACGAGUGCGAAUUAGCGGGCUCGCGUCCACAAAAUCUACGACACCAGAAUCGACUGGGCUCAACUGCAAAUGUAUUUUUUGAUGGAGCUGGCUGAUUGUGACUUCGACACGCUUCAUAAACAGUUUUUCUCGGAGCGACGGAAACAAGAUUUGGUUGCCGAGCGAUGCGCUUCUCAUUCUACUCCCGGUCCCGAAAUGGGAGAGGGAAUGCCUUUUGAGAUGAUUGGCCAAUACUGGGGCCAGAUGAUAGACGCAGUCGAGUACGUUCAUGCCCAGAACAUCAUUCACUUCGACCUGAAGCCCGCAAACUUCCUGCUGUUCGAAAAAAAGCAGCGCGUAAAGCUUGCAGAUUUCGGCUUGGCACGGAUGCUGUGCGAGGACCAAACUCACAUAAGUCGACAUGGCCAGGUUCGGUUGUUACUAAAGAGCUCAUGAUGCUUGUGUCUUGCUAUAUUUUAUGUCAGUUUUUUGUCGUGUAGUGUAGCAUCAAAACCUUUCAUCAGAUGUAUGCUUGUCAAAGUUGGAUGUCGAUCGGAUAUGAAAGUAAAACACAUUCCUCAUCUCAGUGUGGCACCUUCCUGUACAUGGCUCCUGAAGCGUUCUACCAGGGGGACCAGUACGAACAGAGCAUGAAGCUACGGUUUGGCGUUGACAUCUGGUCACUGGGAAUCAUCCUGUAUGCGAUGCUCUACGAACGCCCACCGCACGUCUGCCUUCUCAAGGACAGAAAUACAGGAUAGGCGAAGAAACAAAAGUCUUCUGUUGCUCCCUUGCGUCGCAGCUGCGCGGCUACUUCAGUUGCUGCAUAUAGAAAAAACGACCUGCUACAGUUCCUGGAGCUGAGAUGUAGUUCUUGUAGUAUUCAUUUCAUUAUAGUAGGUUACAGCAAAUAGCCUUGACUACACUUGCUUGUGGCCGCUUCGGCUUGGGGUCCUGUGACUCUCUUGCACUGAAGAUUCAUUUUUAUAUUUGCGUAGUCAGGGGGCUCCGCAAAUGCUAGUCACUGAAUGCAGCAGCGAGAAAGAAGAUGCCUGAGAUUCCCUCACGUGCACCCAGCACGAAAGCGUAUGAAAUGGCUCAGCAGCUUAAGCACGCAUGGGACGUACAAGAAGCAACUUUUUUCCUUUAAAGAGAAAAGCCCGUGCCCUGCGGAAUGAAUCGGGUAAUGUGCGCAAUUUUGGAUCCUUGUAUGGAGAUUCAGUACCCGGCCCAGAAGCAUUUUUUUGAUGUGCCUGUUUCCUCCAAGGUGUCGUCUCCUGCCUCUGAAGCUGAAGCACAAAAUAGCUCCGCACGAACGGCACUUCUGACGGAAACGUCUGAGCGUGAGGUAACUCUGCCGGAAAUGGAAUUGGCCGAAGACCGAUCCUCGUCUUCGUCGGCUUGCCCGCCGUGCCGUGCGCCUAGAGAGGACGUAGCGCGACAAGAGCACCUGAUGUACCUUUUGCAAAGCUGCCUAGAACGAGAUCUAGAGCAGCGCAUUGACACGAUUUCGCUACAAGACGAGUCUUGCGCAUUGUUUUCCUUCGAUUGGCGCGGCCUCGCGGUUAAAGAUCCAAUGUGCUCAGGACCACCACUCCUUUCAUUUCAAAGAGCAAAGACACGACCACUACCGGGAAGUUUUGUUACACUACUGCAUCGCCCGCAGCAUUCUUCGAAAAGUGCACUCUCAACAUUGCCCUCUGAGAACUGCACCACGACGCAGACUCUCUCCAAUGAUGGCUUGCAAUCAUCGGCGAGUGCAGCAAGCAGCCUGGCAUCGCAUACAACGACUUGUAGAGCAACGCCGAUGAACGCAGCGACUCAGUAUCGCGACGCCUGCUUCAGUGAAGUCAUCGCGUUUUCUGCGAGCGAGGUCACAUUUCAACUAAAGAACCCAGACAACGAACAAUGGGGAAGGACACUAAAUGGGAAAGUCCAACGCAUUUUGCAGAAGAUGCAGGAAGACGAUGCGCGAGAAUCUGGGUUCUUCAUGAAGGAUGGCGAAACUGUCCCUGAUUUAUUAGAAAGCAAGCUGGUCCACCAGAAGAAUUUUGCAGAGGUGCCUGGCAGGGCAGCAUCUGUGCUGCCUCUGGUUGCCGACGACGCAGUGCUUUCAGGGGGCACAACAUGUAAAGUGAGUGGCGACAUUAUCAACCUGCCUGCAACGGGUCUAGACGAUCACGAUGUUGCUCGCGGACCGGAUGAGUGUACGCAGGAGAAAUUUUGAUUGUACUUAUUCGAAAAGUGCGGCUAGAGCCAUACGUCUUUCUCACUAACAUCGACAUUCUGGAUUGAUAGUUUGAGAAUAUUUUCAAAAAGCGAGAUUUUGGAGAAUGUUUUGCAUUGCGAUAGAUCAACAUCUGAAUAUAAUGUCGUGCAUGGCUGUUUAUCGCGUUCGGUUCUCGUUGCCAAAUGCAUGCAAUGCAAGACCUAGACCUUCGAGCGUGUCGGAAAGAUUAGAAAAACGCUGUUACGCUCUGGACACUGCAACAAAGACUUUUGUAGCCUUAAGAAAAAUGAGAAUGGCGGCGGCACAACAAACCCACUUCCUUCGAAGAUUUUUGCGGUCAUACCUCUUCCGGACACC